UCGGAAGUGAGUUGCGGGUCCCGUCAGAAGUGGGAUGCGGGUCCCGUCAGAAGUGGGGUGCGGUCCCGUCAGAAGUGAGGUGCGGACUCCCUCAGAAGUGGGGUGCGGGUCCCGUCAGAAGUGGGGUGCGGGCUCCCUCAGAAGUGGGGUGCGGGUCCCAAGUUGAGGUGCAGGCUCGUGGGGGCGGUCAGGUCCGAGCUGAGGCGCCGGCCGGGUGGGGGCGCUCGGGGCCGAGGCGCAGGCCGGGCGGUGCAGCUCCGAGGCGCGCAGCGGGUCCCAGCCGCCGUGGCCGCGAGCCUGGCGCCGUCCGUCCUCCCGCCCGCCCGCGGGGCCGCCCCUCGGCGCCCGUCCGCGCCCCCGGCCCCGCCGCUCUCACAAAGUUGUCGGCGCGCGCGCGCGGCGGGGCCGGGCGGUCCGGGGCUGGGGGCUGCGGGGCAUGGCGCGGCUGCUGGCUGCUGGCUGCUGGCUGCUCGCUCCCUCCGCGCUGCUCCGCCCGCCCGCUCUGCCCGCGCCCGGCGCUCACAGGCUCUCAUUGUGCUCGGCCCGGGCGCGGGGCGGGCGGGGCGGCCGGCCGGGUGGGAGCGCGCCCUCUGCUGGACGCGCGGCGCAGUGCAGCCCCGACCGGCCGCGGGGAGAAGACCCCGACUGUGCAACCCCCCCCCCCCGCACCCUGACCCGCACCCAGCCCGGGAGACUGCUCAGCACCCGCACCCAGACCCAAAGGCUUCCCCUCACCUGCACCCAGCCCUGGAGGCUGCUCCGCACCCACAUCCGGACCCGGAAACUGCUCCGCACCCACACCCAGACCCAGAGGCUGCUCCGCUCACAGCUCCGGAGGAGAGGAUACCUCAACCCCGCACUCAGACCCGGAGGCUGCCCCGCACACAGCUCCGGAGGAGAGAUACCUCAACCCCGCACUCAGACCCGGAGGCUGCCCCGCACACAGCUCCGGAGGAGAGGAUACCCCAACCCCGCACUCAGACCCGGAGGCUGCCCCGCACACAGCUCCGGAGGAGAGGAUACCCCAACCCCGCACUCAGACCCGGAGGCUGCCCCGCACACAGCUCCGGAGGAGAGAUACCUCAACCCCGCACUCAGACCCGGAGGCUGCCCCGCACACAGCUCCGGAGGAGAGGAUACCCCAACCCCGCACUCAGACCCGGAGGCUGCCCCGCACACAGCUCCGGAGGAGAGGAUACCCCAACCCCGCACUCAGACCCGGAGGCUGCCCCGCACACAGCUCCGGAGGAGAGAUACCUCAACCCCGCACUCAGACCCGGAGGCUGCCCCGCACACAGCUCCGGAGGAGAGGAUACCCCAACCCCGCACUCAGACCGGGAGGCUGCCCUGCACCCUACACUCUGCAUCCAGCUGUGGAAGCUGCCCGGCGCCCAGCCCUGGAGGAGAGCAUGGCACUUUGAUUUUGCAAGGUGCCCUUAGUCGAAUUCACUGAGCACCCCAUCCCCAGGAGCAGGGGACCACGGACACUCAGCGGGGGCAGGUGAGUGAUUUUUUUGGGCGAGGGGUCAGUGGGUUCAGGUAGAGGCCAAAGGUGCCAGGGAGUAGUCUCCAGAGUGGCAGGUGCAUGCCCUUGCUUGCUUGCUUGCUUGGCCUUCUCUCUGUGUGCAAGGCUGUCUGGUCCCAAGGCAGCAAGGAUGCAGGAGAGUUUGUGAUCAUGAGGCUGCCAACACUAGUUAGGGAGAGGUUUUUUAAUUUGAAAAUAGAAGGGGUUUGGGUCAGGAGCAGAGCUACAUGCUUGUCAAAUCUGAGGCUAUGGGUUCCAUCCUUGGCACCCCUACCCCCCAACUCCCACACAGGUAAUACAUAAAAUUCAAGGUUACCAACCAAAUGCAAAUUCUCUAGCUACCUAGUUUAUAUGUUUAAUGAGGAAAAUUGAGUUUCAAGAAGUUUCAUAACACACACCAAAGUUCUCCUCUUUCCCAGACGGUUGUCACUUAUUUGGGGGUGAUCACACCUUUGAGAUCAAACUGGAAGGCAAGUCUGCUUGUCAUGGUCGUUUAUGGAGAAGACUCCACAGGCCAGCACACCAUUUGCAUAACAGUCAGGACCCAGAGGAUGCUGGGUCAUUUGGGGUGUGAGGUCUCAAACAAAGGGGCUUCCCAAAUUGAAACUAGGUCUGGCAUCUCAGUACCAAGGUCUUGACUCAGAGCUAUGGAGAGAAAAGAAUGGGGGCGGGGGUGCACUCAGUUAAGUGCACAUAUCACCAUGCUCAAGGAUCUGGGUUCAAGCCCUGGAUCCUCACCUGCAGGGGGGAUGCUUCAUGAGUGGUGGAGCAGGCCUGCAGUUGUCUAUCUUUCUCUUGUCCUCUCUAUUUCCCAUUCCCUCUCAAUUUUGCUGUCCUCUCAAGUAAACAUAAAGUAGAAAGAAAAAAGGGGGGGAGGCCUCUAGGAGCAGUGGAUUUAUAGUGCCAGCACGGAGGGAUAAUCCUGGAGGAAAAGGAAAGAGAGAGAGAGAGAGAGAGAGAGAGAGACCGAGACCAAUCCAACAUUUUUUAAAACUGGGUUUCUUUACUGUUCAGUUUCCAAUGGGCUAGCAAUCUGUAGCCCUUUUGCUGGAGUGUAAGCUGGUGACACUCUAUGGACAAGUAAGCGCUGUUAGAAUAUAACUUCUUAACCUUUAAUAAUUCAGUCUGUCCCUUCCAAGGCUAUGCUCUAUGCACUCCUGAAGGAAGGCAGAAUUUUGUUUUUUCUGGGUAUAAGCAUUUUGAAAACAGAACUCAUUGGCUACCAUUAAAGAGAGAAGGCAUUUACAUUCUUUCUAUGCGAUUUUUCCCAAGUUGUGUCUGCUAGAUAAUACCUUCUACGGGUUCUUUAUACGAAAUCAGAAGAAGGCACAUGACUGAGAUUGAAACCUCAGUGUGGACUCAAUACAGAGCCCUGUGUGGGUUUGAAGUGAUAAUACAGAGUCCUUGGUCAAAUAAGCUAUUCCUACAUGAUGGGAAUGUUGAUUUCUGUGCUAGCCAGGGACACGCCAUAGCAACAAGGAGGUAAUUCCUUCUCCAAACAGGAAUAAAUAGGGCCACUCUAAUCACUGAUGUAGCAUUCACUCUCUGCAGCCUCAUCACUUCAUGGUCACCUCCUCACCAUCCAUAUCCUCACCUCUAAUCACAUCACUUUUUAUUGUCCUUGUUUUAGGCUUGGUAUCUCCUCCAGUCAUAAACAAUCAUGAUCUAUAGGUAUUAGUAACCCUGCUUAUUAAUGAGUCAACCGAGGCCCAUUAGAAUCAACUUGUCUCUGUUUAUGUAGCCAGAAGUCUUAGAGUAGGGCUCACACUCAAGAGUGCUUUCAGACCACUGCUUUCCUGACAUGGGGCUGGCUCUCUAAAUACCAAGUGUGAAGGAAGUGACAAGGGAGCUGAACUAUCACGAACAGUAGCUCCUGGGAUGCAAGGAGCACUUAGUCACCAUGCUGGCAUCUGAACUCGGUGCAGGGCCACCCAGGAAUGAACACAGCCUAGUGAGAAAACCUGGCUGGCUACAGGCACAUCUGACUGCUUAGGUUUUGCUUUGUUUUUCCUUCUUUAUAAUUGUUUCCUCCCACAAGCCUCACACUCCUGUAGAACCUCAUGCAUUCUUUCCAGCAUGGUAGGUCUCCCUUGCUCUCUGAAAGGUGUGCUGUUAUUUAUGAAAGCCCACAGAAGCUGGAGUGGUGAGUAGUGAAGCAGCAAUCACUUUGGUAUAUGGGAAGUCUGUGCAUAUUCCUAGAUUCCCCCAAAGAAGCUACCAAAUCAUAAGGGCUAACACAUCAGUCCUAAUACCACACAUAGAGGGGAGAGGGGACGUUGGGGUGCUAGGGGACAUACCCACACCUAUAUGAAGCACUUCAUGAGGACUUGGGGGACACUCUUACUCUCUGUGUACUGCUACCUCUGGAAGGGCAGUCACAAGCCCAUGGAGAUAUUUGUCACUUUUCACAUUUUGUUAUAAAUGCAGAAAUCCUCUCCAGUUUUCUUUGUUAGCAAAAAUGAAAACAGCAUGUGGAAGGUUUUUCAUGACAGAGCAUAACUUUCAAAGAGCAGGGAAGCAUCUGCGUUCCUCUGUCACUUGUCUAAGCCUGUUUUCCUCACUCUGCUCCCAUAGAGAGACAGAUGCCUAGACCUAACAAGUUCAUAGACUCAGGAGAUUACAACGGCCUUGAUGGUCAUUCAGUAAUACACUGUCACACUAGCUGGGAGGUGAAUUGCUUUGUCAGCAUCUGUUUCCUUGUAGACUACUUGCUCUGGAUUUUAUAACAGUCUAUGCUUUUCUCUUUUUCUUUUUUGCCUCCAGGGUUAUUGCUGGAGCUCAGUGCUUGCACUAUGAAUCCAUUGCUCCUGGAGGCUAUUUUUUCUCCUUUUGUCGCCCUUGUUGUUUAUCAUUGUUAUUGUUAUUGCUGCCAUUGUUGGAUAGGACAGAAAUGGGGGGGAAGACAGAGAGGGGGAGAGAAAGAUAGACACACCUGUAGACCUGCUUCACCACUUGUCAAGUGACCCCUUCUGCAGGUGGGGAGCCAGGGCCUCUAACCGGGAUCCUUAUGCUGGUCCUUGAGCUUUGUGCCAUGUGCGCUUAACCUGCUGCGGCCCCCAGUCUAUGCUUUCCCAUUGGUGUCAUCAUCUACCUAAACCCUCUAGCACUAUCCAAACAAACACUCACUGAAGAUGUUCAGUUGCAGUGACCUCAAACAUCAGUAAAGCAGCCUGUUAGUACUGGCUGUCUACAGGCAGAAUGCUGUCCUUAUAGGGAUAAGCUUCAAACCAGCAAGAUGCCCAGCCUGGGAACCAGGAGGCUGCCCCUCAUAAGCCUCCAGAAGCCUCACUGCCUCAGCUUUUAUGGAUCAUAAAUGCAUGCUACUGAAAGUGGUAUGCAGAGGAAUGGAGAGCACUUCACGUCUGGAGCUCUCACUCCUGUUCUCAGCUUGGCUGCAGAGUCCCAAUCCAGGAGGGCUGCUCUAGUGGCCCCGAGUUCCUCCACAGGCCUCUCUCUGAUACUGUCAAUCCUUCUUCAACUGCCAACAGUGCCUUCAUUUAGGUAAGGCAUAUCACCAUAGUUAGAGAGGCAAGACCACGAAGAGACUCAUUCUUUCACAUGCUGGAAAUCAGCACGCGUUCCACAUAUGGAACACCAAUGUCCACAGUCUCAUCGGCUCGGGAGCUUUUCCUACACAUUGUCACUGCUACAAUAAUCACAGGAGUCCUUUCAGGAAGCUGAUUCCAGGGCAGAGUCACCUCCAUGGAAGGACUUGGUAACAUGGAGUUCUAUUGAGGGCAGAUACACGGAUGUCCAUGCCAUGAACCACAUGACAGAGGAACCAGGUGCAACCCACACUGCCAACAAGCAGCACAUACCUACAGCUGCCAGAGAGAUUCUGCAAGAGCACCUUUAAGAAUGAAAGACACAGGACAGAUGGGGCCCAUUGGUCACUCACAC